UAAAACCCAGAGAACCCGAGGAAGAUGGGACAAGUGCCCACACUUUGGAAACAGACUCGAACUAGUUCUCUCCUCAGCCCACGGCAUGGAGUUCUCCAGUGCUGUCACCCUCUUCUUGGUCACUUACUUCUGCUUCCUGGUGGCCAUUUCUCUUAAGAAGAAUCUGACACAACGGGGCCAACUGUCCCCUGGCCCCACUCCCCUGCCUUUGAUUGGGAAUUUCUUCCAGAUCAAGUCAUCGGAAACCUUGAAAUCUCUCCUCAAGCUGAGGGACAAAUAUGGCCCGGUCUUCACCGUCUAUUUUGGAAGUCGUCCGAUUGUGGUCCUGUGUGGACACGAUGCUGUGAAAGAGGCCCUGAUAGACAAGGCAGACGAAUUCAGUGGGAGGAAAACCAACCCGACCCUGGAGAGGACCUUCCAGGGAUAUGGGGAGGCCUUUUCUAACGGAGCGCGCUGGAAGCAACUGCGCCGGUUCUCUCUCACCGUCUUGAGGAAUUUUGGGAUGGGGAAAAAGUCCAUUGAGGAGCGAAUCCAGGAAGAGGCCCAGUUCCUGCUGGAGGAAUUUAGGAAGACCAAAGAGAAGCCCUUUGACCCCACGUAUUUCUUCAGCCGGGCCGUCUCCAACGUCAUCUGCUCCAUCGUCUUUGGAGAUCGCUUUGACUACGAAGACAAAGAAUUCCAGUCCCUCAUGGAAAUGAUGAACAACAGCUUCCGGAAGAUGAGUGACACUUGGGCCCAGUUGUACGACAUAUAUGCCAACUUCCUGAAGUACUUUCCGGGACCCCACACCCAAGUCUAUGACAUUCUGGAAGAGAUGAGGCUCUUUAUUGCCCGGAGGGUGAAGCAGAACCAGCAUACCUUCGACCCCAACUGCCCACGGGACUUCAUCGAUUGCUUCCUCAUCCAGAUGGAAAAGGAAAAAGACAACCCAGCUACGGAGUUUAACAUCAAGAACCUGGAGCUCACCACCCUCAACCUGUUCUUUGCCGGGACAGAGACGGUCAGCUCCACCCUCAGAUAUGGCUUCCUGCUGAUGAUGAAAUACCCUAAGGUGCAAGCCAAGAUGCAUGAGGAAAUUGACCGAGUAAUCGGCCGUAGCCGGGUCCCCAACAUUGAAGACAGGAGCCAAAUGCCUUACACGGACGCUGUGAUCCACGAAGUGCAGAGGGUCAGCGACCUCAUCCCCAUGGGGCUGGCUCACAUGGUUAUGCGUGACACAGAAUUCAGAGGCUACCUCAUCCCACAGGGAACCGAAAUCUACCCGAUGCUCAGCACCGUCUUGCACGAUCCCACCAAGUUCAAAACCCCCAAUUCUUUCAACCCAGAGAACUUCCUGGAUGAGAACGGGCGCUUCCUGAAGAACGACGCCUUCGUGCCUUUCUCCUCAGGGAAGCGGAUCUGUCUGGGAGAAGCCUUGGCCCGCAUGGAGCUCUUCCUCUUCUUCACCACCAUCCUGCAGACCUUUCGGCUGAAGCCCCUCGUGGCCCCCCAGGACAUUGACAUCACUCCCCAGGAGAGCGGCUUUGCCAACAUCCCACCCUUUUACCAGUUCUGCAUCGUCCCACGCUGAGUGGGGAGAGACCAAAGCUGAUUCUCCCAGUCACUUGUAUUGAUCAGAUUCUGACUUCCACAGGGGCAAGACCAAGUUCUUGCUCUCUUUUCUGGUUCUUGCGAAUGUAUUGUAUUCAUAUGGGCAUGCAUGAGGAGUGUGUGUUUGUGUGUGUGUUUUCAAAAUGGCUGCUGUGUUUUACCCCUUCCCUCCAGAUGAGUCCUGUUGAACUGAUGUGCUCUUGGCAGCCAAAGCGGGAAGGGGGAAAUCCCGUCCUUCUUAAUAUUCCUUUGGGACCCAUCCUCACCUUUCCUAUUGUCUUCCACAUGCAAAGAAUUUGUUGCCUUUUGUACAGUAUAUUUUCCUCUAUAUAUCUCUGUACUUACAAGCCUUAAUAGUGUCUUGGAAUUAUAAAAUUAAAAGCAAUAUAUUUCA